AUGGAUGACGAUACAAAGGGAGCCUCGGGUACUGCCCAAGGCCUCAAAUCCGACAAUAUCUCAACCGAUAGCGAGAUCAUCCUUACACCUGAUCACGAAGCUCCUUCCUCUCCGAACAAUCCGCCUGCCGACUCCGCCCUUCUUGACACUCCAAUGCUGGGUGCGACCACGCCCAGAGGCUCGAUGCACUCAAGAAAUCCGUCCUUUUCUGGUAGCAGUUCCAACCAUGAGGACUGGGACGGUCUUCCACCUCUAGAUCGCCUAUCUGUACUUGACCUUCUCGAUAACUUCGCUCUUCCCCAGCAGCUCGAGAAGCUACAAAAGGGCAUCUCCGCGCAGACGGACAAGGUCAGGCGUUCCAGAGAGGCAAUCAAGACCAAGACACAAUCUGCUCGGGAUCGCAUGGUUGAGGAGUGGAGACGUCGAGUCCCUGAGGCUGAUGAACAGCUCGAUCGGUACCGCAAACAGAUGCAACGCCGUGUCGAUAAGCUGGGGAAACGAUGGAACGAUACAAAGGUUAUCAGUGCCAGAGAAAAGGUGUCCUUUAUCUUUGGUGUUAUGAACAUCUUCGUCAGCGGAUACCUCAUUGGCGCAUACCCAGAGUACUUUCAUUUGUGGUAUACAGUGCAACUCCUGUAUUUCAUGCCGAUUCGAUUCUUCACGUAUCAUCGGCGUGGCUACCACUACUUCCUCGCAGACCUCUGCUACUUCACCAACCUGCUACUGGCUCUCUCGAUAUGGAUCUUUCCCGGCUCCAAGCGUCUCUUCACCGCCUCAUACUGCCUGGCUUUUGGUAACAACGCAGUUGCCAUUAUCAUGUGGCGUAAUUCACUUGUCUUCCACAGUUUUGACAAAGUUACCUCAUUAUUCAUUCACAUCAUGCCAUGUGCGACUUUGCAUUGCAUCGUUCACCUGUUUUCUCCUGAUAAGCAGAAAGAACGCUUCCCCGCAAUUUGGACCAUCAAGACGUCCCCCCCAGGCUCGCCAACAGCGUAUGCCAAUGUAGUCUCGAUGCUUGCUUGGAGUUCCCUCCCUUAUAUUUUCUGGCAACUCUUGUACUACAUCUUCAUCACUGUGCGCCGAAGAGACAAGAUUGCGGCUGGUCGCCCAACCUCGUUUACUUGGCUCAAGAGAUCAUACGCCAAAACCUGGCUGGGAAAGUUUGUCCUCCGACAACCAGAGCACAUGCAAGAAGCAACAUUUAUGAUGAUUCAGUAUUCAUAUGCUCUUCUGACUAUGCUCCCUUGCCCCUUAUGGUUUCUAAGCCGCUGGGCUUCUGCAGGCUUCCUUAUGGUGGUCUUCACUUGGAGUAUUUAUAAUGGCGCCACGUAUUAUAUCGAUGUAUUUGGGGUGCGCUUCCAGAAAGAGCUGGAGGCUAUGAAGGCUGAGGUGGCUCAAUGGCAAAACUCACCCGAACACAUGCCACUAUCGCCUCCGCUGGAUCCCCGACCCGAAGCAUCCUCUGCCCCUCGCCAAGGAGCGGCUCCCUCAGCAUCUACUGGCCAGAUUCCGUCCAUGAAUGAGGUUAAUCGAGAGAAAGACUUGAUGGAGGGAACAUCUCUGUCUAAGGAUGAUGUUAACCGACCUGUUAGUGUGGAUAAGAUCCCUCUGUUAGAUGAAACACGAAGCUCUUCUGCCACUGGAGUUGCUGGGAAUUCAGGUGACACAACACGAGGCAGGCGAACACGUUGA